AUGGCCCAAGCAGUAUUCCCUGAUGACGUGCUCCCAUCGGAGGGUGUAUACGAUUCACGCGCAUCACUCCUUGCCGCUAUAAAUUCCUGGGCAAAGCCCAGAGGCUACGCCUUUACCACCGGAAAAUCUUCCAAGACUCCAAAUGGCCGUGUUAAAGUUGUUUUUGCUUGUGAUCGGAAUAAGCCUCCACCAAGCACAUUAAUCGAACGAAAACGCCGGACAUGUAGCCGCGGAACAGGGUGCGAGUUCUCAGUGCUCGCGAAAGAAUCCCUAGACGGGGCCUCUUGGGUCCUGAGCCAUCGACAAGGCCAACAAUACGUGCUACACAACCACCCGCCAAGCGAAGACCCAUCUGCACACCCAUCACAUCGCCAGCUUAGCGAGAAAGAUAUUCAAGAUAUCUCAAAUCUUACUGCCUCUGGAGCUGCGCCUCGCGAAAUCAGGACCUAUCUCCACAACAAUUCCAAUACUCUUGCAACUCAGAAAGAUGUAUACAAUCAGAUUGGAGCUGCAAGGAGGGAUCUACGCGAGGGCCAGAGCAGCAUACAGGCACUAGUCAACCGAUUGCAUGAGGAGGGGUUCUGGUGCCAGAUCCGGUUGGAUUCAGAUAAUCGGGUUACGGCAAUCUUUUUUGCCCAUCCGGACUCUAUUGCAUACCUCCAAUGUAAUCCCGAUGUCCUGCUACUAGACUGUACCUACAAGACAAAUAAGCACAGUAUGCCACUUCUUGACAUGGUUGGCGUUGAUGCUUGCGAGCGAUCUUUCUGUGUUGCUUUUGCCUUUCUCUCCGGAGAGACAGAAGACGACUACUUAUGGGCAUUGCAACAUCUCAGAUCGCUCUAUCAGCGUGACCUUCCUUCCGUUGUUUUGACAGAUCGAUGCCAAGCCGCGAUCAAUGCUGCAGCAACCUCGUUCCCUUUGUCCAAGGGUCUGCUUUGCACUUGGCACGUCAAUAAGGCGGUGUUACAGCAUUGCCGGCCGGCUUUUCUGACUGACAAGAACCAGGGAGAGAAGAGGUGGGAUGAGUUCUACGCAUUCUGGCAUUCAAUUGUAGCCUCACCGAAUGAAACGAUAUUUCAAGAGCGUCUGACUUCAUUUGAGCGUAAAUAUGCUAAGAAUUAUACAGAAGCAGUGGGAUAUAUCAGGACAACCUGGCUUGACCCGUUUAAAGAGAGGAUCGUCAGAGCAUGGGUCGACAAACACUUACACUUUGGCAAUGUGGCUACCUCAAGGCAGGUGGCUUAUGGAAUGAUAGAAGAUGGAGUGACUAAUUCAUCUCCCAGGGCCGAAGGAAUCCAUUCAUUGAUCAAAGCACAUAUUAAGAUAUCCACCUUGGAUCUCUUUGAUGUUUGGCAAGCCAUGAGACCUGCUGUAACAAAUCAGCUGAAGGAGCUGAAGUAUAUGCGGGCUUCUCAGCAAGUAUCAAUGCCACUAGACGUCUCUGGAGUGUUGUUCGAGGCAGUAAGGGGCUGGGUGUCCCAUAAGGCAUUGCGUAAAGUACUAGAACAACGGCAAUUGCUUUCAAAGCCACUCAAAGCUGCCUGUACUAAGACCUUCACAUCUUCAUUUGGACUGCCGUGUGUUCAUACUCUGAAGAGGCUUGAGGAAGAAGGCCGAACCCUCUCGCUACAGCACUUUCAUCCCCACUGGCACUUAAAGCGAGAUGUAUCUCAGCCACAGCCAAUGCUAGAGCCUAGAGCAGUGUCAAGUCAGUUUAACCGGAGGCGCAAUCGGUCAGUGACAAGUACAAGGCGAGAGCCUAGCGCAUUCGAAGCGAUUCAAGAAACAAUGCGGCCAAAGGCGCAACCUACAUGCAGCAGAUGCCACGCAUUGGGUCACAUCAUGACUUCGAAGGCAUGCCCUCUGCGAUAUGAAGAGCUCUUCCAGGUAUCAGAACAAGCUACAGAAGUGGCGGCACAGAUAACGCAGACGAUAUCAGCUGCAACAGUGGCACCAGCAGCCACAGAGACAACUUCAGUUCAGGCCGCUGUAGGUCAGGUAGAGGCAGAUCUGACGACAGCAGUUCAAGUACUGGCGGGCCACACAGGAGAGGGCCAGAUAGAGACAGUCCAGGAGUUGGACGGAUUGGUAGAUCAUGCGGCGGCAAGCCAGACAUCUACAAUUGAGGAAGUUGCAGACUGCAUCGUGGUCGUCCAGACAGUGGCAGACCAGGUUGCAGCGGCAGAGACGAUGGCAGCGCCAGAGCUGAGAUACGACGACCCGCGAGCCAUUCACCACAGAUAUGUUGAAGCUAGACAAGCUUGGUACAAUGCGCAGCCUCGGGGCAGUAUUAAAACUAACCAGCAGUAUCGGAAGGCAAUGGGUCUGCCUCAACGGUACGAUAAAGUAAGCUACAAGUGGUGUCUUGAUUGGAAACAGAUGGGCAAGCAACGUAUGAUGCAGAGAGGCCCCAGAGAGUGGACUAAGGAGGAGAUGAUGGCGUAUCUUGAUUGGAGCAGGGCAGAGGAGGUUCGUGUUGAGGCACUGGUAGCGGCUGAGAUGGAAGGCGAACCCUUCUCUAACAGAAGAGGUAUGCGUGAGAUCUGGGAGGCAGCGGCAGCGGAUUGUGAUGCACAACAGGCAUUGUACUUAGGCGCCAUACAAGUAAACAUCUCCAAUUACGGAUCAGAAAUGGCCGAGGAUACUUUCAUGGAAGAUGCCCUUCCGCGCGAAGGCAUUUACGAAUCACGCGAGGCUCUUCUCGAGGACAUUAAUUCCUGGGCGAAACCCCGUGGCUAUGCAUUUACAACUGGAAAGUCCACUAAGACUCCAAGUGGGCGAGUUAAAGUUGUCUACGCAUGUGACAGAAACAAAAAACCACCUGGCUCAUCUGAGGGACGAGUACGCCGUACUUCAAGUCGAAGAACGGGCUAUGCAGAAUGCGCUAGGCACAACCAUCCACCAAGCGCGGACCCAUCUGCCCACCCUGCACAUCGAAGAUUUGAAGAACAAGAUGCUAUGACUGUGUCGAAACUUGCGAUAUCAGGCACUGCUCCGCGAGAAAUAGGAAGCUACCUUCACAAACAUUCUGACACCCUCGCGACGCAGCGAGAUAUAUACAAUCGGAUCGCGGCAACAAGGAGAAAUCUGCGUGAAGGCCAGAGUAGCAUCCAGGCAUUAGUUGACCAAUUACAAAGAGAAGGCUUCUCGUGCCGAGUUCGACUGGACCCAGACAAUCGAUUAACGGCUAUCUUCUUUGCUCAUCCCGAUUCCAUUGCAUAUCUUCAGUGCAAUCCAGACGUGUUGCUUCUUGACUGCACUUAUAAGACAAACAAACAUCACAUGCCACUACUUGACAUGGUUGGGGUUGACUCCUGUCAACGAUCCUUCUGCAUAGCAUUUGCCUUUCUUUUGGGUGAAACUGAGGAGGACUAUUCGUGGGCAUUGGAAAACCUUAGGUCCCUCUAUCAGCGCGAUCUUCCCUCUGUUAUAUUGACAGACAGGUGCCUUGCGGCAAUGAAUGCUGCCGCAAUUUGGUUUUCUGCGUCUAAACCCCUGCUUUGCUUAUGGCAUGUGAACAAGGCGGUACUUCAAUACUGCCGGCCAUUUUUUGUAUCGAAGGGUGGUCAAGCAACAAACGAGGCAGAGGAAGAGGCAUGGAAUGUAUUCUACGCUUCUUGGCAUUUAAUUGUGGCUUCCCCAAACGAGAAAAUAUUUAAAGAGCGCUUGGCGAAGUUUGAGCAGCAGUAUGGCGAUAAGCAUCCCGAGUCGGUGGGAUAUAUCAGAAUGUAUUGGCUUGACCCGUACAAGGAGAUGAUUGUUAAAGCAUGGGUGGAUAAACACUUGCACUUUGGCAACGUGGCCACCUCAAGGCAGGUGCAAUGUGGAGUUUAG